AUGAGACUUAAUAGAGAGAACACAUUAAUAGAAAACCAUCUCCAACCAUAUGCAGGCUGCACACCAGAAGAAUGCCUGUCCAAAUUUGUUAAAGCAUUCACACCUUACAAGGAAUUCAUUGACCAAAUGCAAGCAGCUUUACUUCUUCAUAAUAUUAAGCUGUUUGCUGCUAUGCUAUCAACAGUUAUCGGAGUUAUUGCUCUCUUCGCAGCUCUUAAAGCUUCCAGUAUUUCGAAUGUUAUUGUCGGAAUUAUUGCCAUUCCAAUCUUAGAGCUUUUCUAUUGCUUUGAUGCUGAAAUACAUAUCAAGAAGCUUUAUCUCUCUGAACUUCCAAAGCUUGCUGAUAAUGUUCCGGACCGCAUCCGUUCACUUGAAGAAAUCUUUGCUGUUGCAUGGAAACCAGUACUCGUUGCAUGGCGUUUUGGAUUCUUCAUCUAUGCAACAUUCGUCUGCCCUAAUCCAGUCGAUACAAUCGCCUUAAUUAUCUUGAUAAUACUCUUAGGACUUCUUAACAAUGUUAUUUCACUCUUUUGGGUCUUCUCUUUCGUUCUUAUUCUUGCUCUUGUAACACCAGCAAUUCUUGUUAAAACUCCAGUUGGCGAGAAAUUAGCUGAACUUCUCCACAAGAAGCAGAAGAAGGAAUAA